CUUGCGCGCCGUGAUAUUCCUUACUCGGCAGCUCCUAUGAUCAUGAGCACGGCGGACAUAUCAUCUCGACAUAUAUAACACAGGCCGCCACCAUGCCCUCCUCCGAAGGACCACCACCCCUUAGUCGCACCCGGACCGGGUCCGCCACCACCGACCCGGUCGAUCUGGCCACAACCAACCCCCAUUCGUUACACCAAGCUAUCUACGCCCGGCGCGAAGAGUAUACCCGCCCCCAUCGGAUACGCGUCAAGGUCGGAACCUGGAAUGUUGCUGCUUGCCCUGGUACGGAUAAGGACCUGGCCAGCUGGUUUGUCGACGGCAAGGGAAUCGACACUGCGCUAGCCACUCUCGAUCUUAAUCGGAACGCGGCCAUUGAGGGGAAUACCGACGGAGAGGAUGGGGUACACAUACUGGGCGGGGACAAGAUCGGCCUCUAUGUGCUGGGAUUGCAAGAGGUGGUUGACCUGAACACGGCAAGCCAGUACGUCAGUCGCGUGUACGCUGGAGAUGAGGGCGUUACUCAAAAGUGGAAGACUGCGCUCGACGCCGCUCUUCCCCCCGGCUACAAACUCGUCGCCUCUGAACAAAUGACUGGCCUUUUGCUGCUUAUCUAUGCCUCUCCAGAGGUGGCGCCGACCAUCAGCAACGUGAGCACCGUCAGUGUCGGCACCGGCCUCCUUGGCUACAUGGGCAACAAGGGCGCUGUCGUCACUCGCAUUAUCCUGGGCGAGUCCACUAGGCUGGUCUUUGUCAACUCCCACCUUGCCAGCGGUAUCGAGGGAACAUACAACGAGCGGCGCAUCUGGGACGUUGGCCAGAUUCUCGGCCGCACCCGCUUCAAGCCCGUCAGCUUUGCUGGUGUGUCAGAGGACUACGAAGAGAAGAUCGGUGACGAGGACUUUGCCUUCUGGUUUGGCGACCUCAACUUCCGUCUCGAUGGUCUUCCUGGUGACGACAUCCGACACCUCUUGAUGUUGCACACAAAGGGAGAAUACGGUGCUCCUAGGCCAAAGUUCAGGCGCGACAACUCUCUGGAGGGAGAACCUAUCAUUGUGCACGCUGACAAGUCAUCCGACGCCGGCGACGAGACCAAUGACGACAAGUCGACAACGACCCACUCUACGGGAGACACCAAGGCUACCGACUAUGACACCAAGGCUAUUGACUAUGAAAGUGAUUCUGAUUUGGAUGCGCUUCCCGAUCCUGAUGACUUUUUGCCAGACCCCCACGAUGAUCCUACUUCACUGCAAGCAACGCUGGAUUCGUUGCUUCCCCACGAUCAGCUCACCCGCCUGAUUAAGCAAAAGAAGGUGUUCCAUGACGGAUGGCAUGAGGGCGCCAUCUCCUUUCUCCCAUCCUACAAGUACGAUGUUGGCACUGUCGGACUCUUCGACUCGAGCGAGAAAAGGCGGGCACCUAGUUGGUGUGAUCGAAUCCUCUACCGCACCCGUAAGGAUAAGGAGGCGUAUGAUAAGAAGAUCAAGGAUGCCGAGGACGCACGCAAAAAGGAUGAGGAGAUGAAAGCUCGCGGUAUCGACCAGGCCGGAGAUGAUGACGAGGUGCUUUUCGACUAUGACCCGGAUAACGACGGCGACGACGAUCACUCUCCAGGUGUGUCACGGCUGGAAUACGAUGAAUACGAUGAGGGCGAGGAAGGCGAUGACCAACACAACAGAGAUGACUGGGUGGAUAGGAUACGCCAGGACAUCUACACGUCUCACCAAAGGAUCACAUCUUCCGACCACAAGCCCAUCAUAUCCAUCUUUACCCUGAACUAUGAUGCUGCUGUGCCGGACCUAAAAGCACAGGUCCACGCAGAGGUGGCCUGGGAACUGGACCGCGCCGAAAAUGAGGGCCGCCCCUCCCUUACUGUGGUUAACGACUCGCGCGACGCCCGAGGACCGGGACGUCCUGGUGGUUCGCAAGACUCAGCUGAAGAGCUUGUGGACUUUGGAGAGGUCCGCUUCCUACAAAAGCAAAGUGCCACACUUACACUGGCAAACACGGGCCGAGUUGCAUGCACUUUUUCGUUCGUCGAAAAGCCUUCUCCUGCUAAGGAGGAUGGCCCGAACCCACCCCCCUGGCUGAAAACAUCCUUCAUAUCUUCAGAACCUGCUAUCGAUGAUUCACAACUGCCAGAUAUGGGUAAAGAAGUGACGCUAGAGCCCGGUGAAACGGUCAGGGCGCGAUUAGAGGUCAACGUCAACCAUGUAGAGCAGGCUAGAGUGCUCAACAGUGGGAAGGACAGGUUAGAGGAAGUGCUUAUUCUUCGAGUAACUGACGGUCGGGAUCACUUCAUCCCUGUGCGGGGUGUUUGGAUGCCCACCUGCAUCGGUCGCUCCAUCGACGAGCUCAUACGGGUACCCGAAGGAGGUCUUCGCAAGUUUGUCCAUUCCCUCACCGAAAAGAACGGCGGCAAAGUCAUGUCCGUCCCAGAAGAAAUGGAUGUUCAUUGCGCCGCGCCCAGAGAGCUGUUCAAACUCACCGAAGCCCUCGAGGCGGUAACCGAGCGGGUCUUGGCAGACGAGCAGAUGCUGGAAGAGUAUAAGGCCCCUAGAGCAUCAGGCUGGCCCUUUGAAGAAGAUACUUGGCGAGUCACCGACAAUUCCCUCCGUGCCUCUCGCGCCGCCGACCUUAUCGACGCCCUCGACGUUGGCAUGGCCCACAUCGUCGAUGCCUUCACCGCCGAGGUCCCCGCCGUCGAGCGACUUGAGACCGUUGCCGAGGUUCUCCAGCUCUUCCUCCGCGGUCUCACGGAUGGUAUCAUUACCACCUCUCUCUGGUCGCGGAUUGAACAAGCUUCUCUUGUCUCGCUAGGCCAAGGAGCUACCGCCGCCUCCAAGGUCCCUCCCCAAGAAACGGCCUACGAAGAUGACAAGGGCACCAUCCUUGAUAUCCUCUCUACGGCGCCCAACCACAACAUCUCCUUCGUCUUUCUAACAGCCACCCUAGCCAAGGUCACCACCGAUCUUUCCCCCAUCACAAAAUCUGACCUGGAACUCCUCAAAUCGGACACUCCUGUGCGGCUUAGUAUGCUGAACAGGCGGUCACUCACCGCAGGACUGGUCAAACGGAAUACUUCGUCUGGGUCUUUCGGGCAAGCAAUGGCCGCAAUGGCCGCGAGGCAGGCGAAGGAAAGAAGCUUUGCCGAGGUGUUCGGGGAGCUGGUAUGUAGAGCGCCAGUGCAGAAGGGCAUGAAGGAUAAGGAGAGAAAAGCAGUGGUGGAGAAGCAGCGAGCUGUACUGGAAUUGUUUUUGAGGAGGAGAGGGGAUUGAGAUGGGAUUGAUCGACUGGCGGAAAGAUGACUCUGGGUGAUGUUUUGGAGUAGUACAGGAUAUAUGGGAAGCAUGCUUGGCGUACGGGAACACUGAUGGCUUCUCAUUGAGAAGGGGGUUGAGCCUUGCGUUUGAGUUGUACUACAAUGUUUGUUGGCAUAAUGUAAUACUGUAUUAGUCAGAGGGUAGAUGUGAGACCUUGUUCUU